GAAGAAGAAGAGUCAACCAGCAGCUGUUAGCUAGCUGGUUGAGCUAUAACAACUCCGUGUUUAACAACUUUUAGUUGUUAAAAAGCAUCGAAAUACGCUUUUUAUCAAACGCUAAUGGUGUGGAGUCGGACUGACAUAUUCCUCUUCUCACUGAGUGGCUAACCUCAAAAAAGGAAGCAAUGAACUUCCAGGGCAGUCGGAGGCGAGGAGAGGAUGGCAUUGCCAUGGUGAUUGACUUCCUGCUGUCUAAUGCCCGGCUGGUUCUGGGAGUUGGUGGGGCUGCCAUGCUAGGAAUUGCUACGUUGGCAGUGAAACGGCUGAUAGAGCGCGCCGGCCGUGCAGCGGAUGAUGAAAAGGUGGAACAGAAGAUGGCUGAGAGCUGGGAGGAGUUGAGUUUGGUCUCUGCCUCCCCCACACUGAUCAAGAAGGGACUAGAGGGUGUGGUGAUGAAACAUGUUGCCAAGGCAGCCAAACAGCACAAAGCUGACCUGAGCCAACAACCUCAGAUGUCCUCUCUGGAGGUCCAGUCUAAGCCUGAGUCAAAGUCCAAGAGACUUCAGCUGUGCGUCCUCAGUUUCCAGGAGCGACUCCAGCAGUACUAUCACACGAGGGCUGCUCUAGCUCCACAUGAGGUCCAGAGGGCUCAGUCUCUAGCUCUGGACAUCUGUACUGAGAUCCAGGGCUUUCUGCACAGUCGUCAUCCUGACAUGCCCCUGGGAGAAAUGUGCCUCGGAGGUUCUCUCCUGGAUGACCUGCAGGUGGUCAGUGCAGACCACGCAUGUCUCCUGGUGCCUCUACAGCUAGAAGCCUCCCUGUGGCGUCUUGUCCCAGGAGAGGAAACACUGCUCACACAUCCGCUGCACUGGAUGGUCAAACGGGUCAAUCUGGAAUAUUUCCCCCGAGGACGCAGCUAUUGGGACAGGUACCUGGUGGGUGGUUACCUGUCCGCAGAAGCUGUUGUGAACAUGUUUAGUAAAGCUAUCAUGGAAACCAUAAACUGGCCGUCCAUCAGCAGCACUCUGGACUGUCUCGUCAGACCUGUUCUGGGAGGAUCAGACCUGCGGCUGGAGAUUCAGCCUGGAAAUGAAAAACAAGGGGCAGAGAGCAGUGAUGAGCCCCUUUUUAUCUCCAUGUUGCCUCUGCUGAGGGAGGGGGAUGUGGUUCUGACUGCUCAGCCUGAGCUCACCUCUCCGUGGGUCAACGCCUGGCACCUGUCUCUCUACCCGUGGGAGACUCAGCGCCUAACUCAGCUCGACACCGCUGACGAUGGAUACCGCAGACAGACACUCAAAAUCCUCAAAGCGGUGUGCAGACUGAACCCCGCCCUGCGACCGCUCAAAGCCGCCCCGCUGGCCAACCUCAUUCUGCACCUCAGUGACAGUGAGAGCGACUGGUCCGAAACCAGCCUGGAUGUGAGAUUCCAACAGUGUAUCACAGAGCUGAUUGGCUACCUUGAACAAGGGGCGUUGCACAGUUACUUCAAGCCAGCUGUUAACCUGCUGAGCGGCCUGUCCGAGGACCAGGUGGAUCAGAUGGGCUUCAUGCUUUACUGCGCCGUGUCAGAGCCUGAAAUUCUGCUCAUUUAACUGUCUGCCACACACAGUACGCUUCACGUUUCUCAAGCUCUGAUACAAACAAAGGAGUAAUCUUUUAUCAUCCGAGACAUUUGUUGGAUUCUUCCCACUGCCUACUCUCGUUGUUUAGCUCCUCCAUCCUGCUUUGAUGCAAAGGAACAGGGUACAGUUGGAAUGACAAAAUGGCAGGCACCAUGGACUCAUGUCUACACUGGCGGGGGGAGAAGCUACAGGGAGAUAUGUGAAAGUGAUAAUCAAGCUACAAACAAAUAUCUCCGAGAAAAAGGAGACGUGCCAAGGAAAAGGAGCCGAGAAAGUGUUUGAAACGAUGCUUCAGUAUGUGCCUGAUAGAUAACUCCCCACACACACCCCAGCCAAGUCUGCGUUGAAGUUUUUGUGUGAUUAUUAGUUUUCACAGGGUGUCUGUGAUGGUCAGCAUGGCCUUAUACAGUCCAGUAAAUCCAUUAACAGCAGUGGAGGAGUACAGUUCAUUGCUUAAGUGCAUAAUUCUUUAUAUCUUUUAAUUGAUAGUGUGUGCUCUGAAUCAUUUUCCUAAAUCUCCUUUUAAUAUAUUCUAACUAUGCAGAAAAAUAAUUACCUGCUGAAGGCCACCGGGUUUUGUGCACUUAUUAAACUACUCAGUCCGUCUGAGUUGGACUUAUUUAACUCAACAUGUAUACUCUGCCAUGCUGGGAGUUGAAGUGUGCAGUAUUUUGUUCGUCUUGUUUAGUGUUGAGUCUGUUGCCAAUCUUAUCUGGGUGAACUAACCCUUUGAAUUAUGGCUAAAGUUGCCUAAUAAUUUUAUGCACUCGCUUUUAAAUACGUAUGAACGGUGUGGGCAUUUCUUCAGUAUUUUUUUUUUUUUGCUGAGUGAAAGAAAAUGUGUUUUCUGUGAUUGAGCAGUGAAACUGCAAAUAAAAAAUUAAAUCAUUUGUUUA